CUUCGCGCCAGGGGCGGGACGUGCUUGACGCCAUCUCCGGGCGCCCGGCCUGGAGGGGGGCGCUGGGUGUGGGGCGGCUCCAGGGCCGGGGAUGGCGGUUGCGGUGGCUCCAGGACGACCGGGAGGAGCCCAGGGAGCGCUGUGAGAUGGGCCGACUCCCAGAUCAGCCGGGAGGACGCUUACCACAGCUGCUUGGAAGCACCACCAGAAGUUCAGCAGAUGUGGGCGCCCCAGCCAACAGCAGAAAGGGGUGCAGGGAAGCCACAGAGAAGCCCCUUCUGAUGUCCCAAGGAGCAAGCCAGCCCCUCCCAGGCUCCAGGAACACCACAAAGCAAUAUGAAACCUGUGCAUGAGAGGAGUCAGGAAUGCCUUCCACCAAAGAAACGAGACCUCCCUGUGACCAGCGAGGAUAUGGGGCGAACUACCAGCUGCUCCACAAACCACACAUCCUCCAGUGAUGCCUCUGAAUGGUCCCGAGGGAUUGUGGUGGCCGGGCAGAGCCAGGCUGGAGCCAGAGUCAGCCUGGGGGGUGAUGGAUCUGAGGCCAUUACUGGUCUGACAGUAGACCAGUAUGGCAUGCUCUAUAAGGUGGCUGUGCCACCUGCCACCUUCUCACCAACUGGCCUCCCAUCUGUGGUGAACAUGAGCCCUUUGCCCCCCACGUUUAAUGUAGCGUCUUCACUGAUUCAACAUCCAGGAAUCCACUAUCCCCCCAUCCACUAUGCUCAGCUCCCAUCCACCUCACUGCAGUUUAUCGGGUCUCCUUAUAGCCUUCCCUAUGCUAUGCCACCUAAUUUCCUACCAAGUCCCCUCCUUUCUCCUUCUGCCAAUCUCGCCACCUCUCACCUUCCACACUUUGUGCCAUAUGCCUCACUUCUGGCAGAAGAAGCCACUCCUCCCCCCCAGCCUUCAUCCCCAGCCCAUUCAUUUAACAAAGCCCCCCCUGCCACCUCCCCACCUGGGCAGUUGCCACAUCACUCAAGUACUCAGCCACUGGACCUUGCUCCAGGCCGGAUGCCCAUUUACUAUCAGAUGUCCAGGGUACCUGCUGGAUUUACCUUGCAUGAAACCCCCCCAGCAGGUGCCAGCCCAGUUCUUACCCCUCAGGAGGGCCAGUCUGCUCUGGAAGCAGCUGCUGCCAAUGGAGGACAGAGACAACGAGAGCGAAGUUUAGUAAGGCGGGAAAGUGAAGCCCUUGACUCCCCCAGCGGCAAGGGCGAAGGCCAAGGACUGGUGCCAGUGGUAGAAUGUGUGGUGGAUGGACAGUUGUUUUCAGGUUCUCAGACUUCACGGGUGGAGGUGACAGCACUGGCGCACCGAGGGACCCCAGACACUGACCUUGAGGUCCAGCGGGUGGUUGGCGCUUUAGCUUCUCAGGACUAUCGUGUGGUGGCAGCUCAGAGGAAAGAUGAAUCCAGCCCCCUCAACCUGUCCCAUCAUACUCCUGACCAUCAGGGUGAGGGACGAGGGUCAACCAGGAACCCUGCAGAGGUGGCAGAGAAGAACCAGGCCCGUGGGUUCUACCCUCAGUCCCAUCAGGAACCAGUAAAACAUAGACCUUUACCCAAAGCAAUGGUUGUAGCCAAUGGCAACCUGGCGCCCACUGGAACUGACCCAGGCCUGCUGCCUGUGGGCUCGGAGAUCCUGGUGGCAUCGAGUCUGGACAUGCAGACCAGAGCCACCUUCCCAGACAAGGAGCCAACGCCACCCCCUAUUACCUCCUCCCACUUGCCCUCCCAUUUCAUGAAAGGGGCCAUCAUCCAGCUGGCUACAGGGGAGCUGAAGCGGGUGGAGGACCUCCAGACCCAGGAUUUUGUGCGCAGUGCCGAAGUGAGUGGGGGGCUGAAGAUUGACUCUAGCACGGUUGUGGACAUUCAGGAGAGCCAAUGGCCUGGAUUUGUUAUGCUGCAUUUCGUGGUUGGUGAGCAGCAGAGCAAAGUGAGCAUCGAGGUGCCCCCCGAGCACCCCUUCUUUGUAUAUGGCCAGGGUUGGUCCUCCUGCAGCCCUGGGCGGACUGCACAGCUCUUCUCUCUGCCCUGCCAUCGACUACAGGUGGGAGAUGUCUGCAUCUCUAUCAGUUUACAGAGCUUGAACAGUAACUCGGUUUCUCAGGCCAGCUGUGCUCCCCCAGGCCAGCUGGGUCCCUCUCGAGAAAGGCCUGAGAGGAUGGUCUUGGGACCCAGAGACCUGUGUGACAGUGAGGGGAAGAGCCAGCCCACAGGAGAGGGCUCCCAUGUGGUAGAGCCCCCCCAGCCUGAGCCUGGUGCUCAGACCUGCUGGCCAGCCCCGAACUUCCAAAGAUACAGUGUGCAAGGGGAGGAGGCACGGGCUGCGCUGCUCCGUCCCUCUUUCAUUCCACAAGAGGUAAAACUGUCCAUCGAAGGGCGUUCAAAUGCGGGAAAAUGAACCUCUCUCCCAGACCAGGACUGGGGCUUUUACUCCAGAGGUGAUCCUCACCGUGAGCAGGCAGAGGAUUUGCACACGCUGAGCAGGGAAUGGCUCUCUUGGCAGUGAGAUUUAGGGGAAAAGGGGAAGCAUGAAGGCAGCCUCCCAAGGCAGGAUCUGUUGCUCAUUACCCCUUGCAUCCCUUUCAGCACAGCCCCAGGGGGUGCUGUGAUAGGGUGCAGCAGGCCUGGGGCAAGAAAGGGAGGGGGUGCACAUAGGAAAAGAAACAUUCCAAAAUCAGGGCCUCCCUGCUCUUUCCUCCCUAUCCCUAGCUCCUGCAAGGGACAGUACAGGCUUUGGGGGCAGGUGGCAGAGAGAGGGAGCAAAGAAAGAGCCAAAAAUGAUGAUCCACAGCUUAUAGUAGCAGUAAAACUGUCUGAAGUGUUUUGUUUUUUAGUUUUUUUUUUUUUUUUCCUUUUUUGUGGUGGGAGGGCAGGAGGCCCCAUGGUUAGAAAUAAGAGGGUUCCCACCCAGAACCCUUCUUGUGAGAGAUGUGCACUUUAAAGGGUGAUUUUUGUUACAGAUAUCUAUGGCUGGGUGUGUGGGAGAGGAGUACCCUCAUCUGCAGAGCUCUGCUUGAUCCUCAGCUUCACCCCUUUCCCAUCUCUCUCAGCAUUCCUCCUGUGAGGCUUCUAGCAGCUUGGAGGCCAGGAGAGAGAGAAGCCCUUCCAGAGUUGAGCGUGGAGUUCUGCCUUGCCAGGGACCCAGUCAGGGGACUUUGGGAGAAAGACCUUAUAGCCAGGUGACUGGGCUCUAGGUGGGGCUUCUGGAAAAGUAGCUGACCUAACAAAGCUCCUCCUACUCAGUAUGUGGGCCUGCUUUGAGAUUUCCUCCAGUCUCUAGUUGGUAAUGGUGACUUUGGAAAGAAUCAGUGGACCUUUUCCCCAGGCACCUAUACCCCUCUGUUGUCUGUCUAUGUUGUGCCUAAGUGCCUGCACUGCCCCCACCCUUCUGCCACUCUAGCCUCUGCAUGGCGUCUUGAGCUGGGCCUUGUGUAGCUGCGCUGCCUUUCCUCUUCUGCAAAAGUGGCUUUGUCCACUCUGGCCAAGACCUCUAGUUUGUGGUAUGUAGGGGUCUGUGGUUUCCCCAUCAGCUAAAAUCUUUGUUUUUAAGAACUCUUAAGUUACGGCCCUCCUCUUUUACUGCCACAUACCUUGGGGGAGAAACAAGAAGGGGACCAUGCCCUGGACCAGGGCGAAUGCACCUGGCUAGGCAAGUCCCAUCCUGGUAUUUAUGCAUGUCCCCCUCUUGUGUUAUGUCACUGCCACUCCUAGCAUUCAGUUGUCUCCAAGCCAUCCUCUCCCACCACCAGCUCUAAAGUUCUGGGAUAGUCUCAGUAACAUUUUAAUACCUGAAGUACAUUUCAUUUCUGAUUUCCUCUGCAGAGUAUUUUAAGUCUUAGUUGCAUGUGCUACCCUUUGUCAUAACUUUUCACAACUUUUAGCAUCAGCUUGGACUGUGGGAUUCUACUGGGUAUUAGGAUUUAGGCUACUCCACCAGCUAUCAGGUGGGUGAGUGGUCUUGUUUGUUUGAUUAUGGGGGCGGUCUUUAGACUCUUGAAGGCAACUCAGGGUAUUGUCCACCUAGCUCUCUUGGUUAGAUUUCUCCCAGGUGUGAUCCUGACAUUUCCUUUUAUUGAUGGACUGGCCAAGGCCUGGCCUCUCAUCAGGAGUCCCAAAUGUCUGAGGUCUGAGUUCUGCUCUGUCUAAGACUGUAGGCAAGUCUUACGACCUCUCACUCUUUCACUUCCUCCCCAGCUGCCAAAUGGGGAUAAAUAAUCUUACCUACCUCCUGGGGGGAGGGGAAGUUCUGAGAAUGGAGUCAUUCUUAGUGUUCAGGUGCUAAAGGUUGUUCUCCUGGGGGAACAGAGUGACUGAAACUGGCUUGUUUGCUACAAGCCCUACACUCUACUGUUUCAUUCCUUGAGAGCAGUUAACCUGGUCAGUGAGCUUUGUGGAGUCCAUCCAAAGGAGGCUCCUGACCUGACCACGCAUUCUUCGGUCUCUACUUUAUGUCAGAACCAAAUACCAACCUUGUACUGCAUUUGAGAUCAUAUCCUUUCCCUUUUCUACCCUUCCGUUCUCUGAAUGCUGCUUUCUCUGGCUUGUUUGCUGCAGUGGGGCCUGGUGUGAGUCUUGAGAAAUCCCCUCAGAUGAGAGUCUUGGGUGAGGGCCUCAUCUUUAGCUAUUUCAUGAGCAACCUAUGUUUAGGGAUUAUCAUAUGUAUGGGUUUCUCACAAGCGUCCUUCAUGGGAGGGUUCAUCAGCAGAAUAGAGUAACAGCAGACACCCAAGAAAUGUCCACUGUGACACCAACUGAGCUGCUUCCUUAUAGGAGCAAACCUGUAUUUAACCAGGUACAGACCAAGUGGUUUAAGUCAGAGUACCCUCCACUCAGGCAAGUUGCGACUUCCCAGUCUGGUCACACCAAGUCCUGGAAAGAGAAAUUGUGGGAGACCUUAGCAAGUUGAGCGCUGACAUUUCUGCCAUGGUUCCUCUUCUGUUUUCUUGCUGGUGAAGCAAUACCAGCAGCUGCUCCUCAUAUUGUGCCAUGUAUGUGUAGCAUGUUAAUACUUGAUUUUGCUGAGCUGCAGAGGUAGCUUUCUUUCAUAAAGGAUGGUUCCCCAAGAAAAAAAAAAGCUUUGUCCUCUAAAUCUUGGUCAGAGCUAUCAUAGUCCUUGGCUUUUCCUCUGGUUCACUUUUCCUCCAGACAUGAGAAAUAAGAGUAAACUGAUAUUACCUGUUUUUCCUAGUAGGAGUUACUUAAGUUUGCAAGAGACAUGAGUGUAGUGUUUGCAGAGUGAGCAUUUCAAUGGGCAGUUGACAAAGGCUGGUCAGUCCCUAGUCAGUGGUGGUACAUUCCCAGAGCUUAGGGAUAGAAAGGAGGACUGCUAAACUCUGGAACUGUACAGAAAUGCCUGCACCAAUUUGGAAGAAGGGAAACUUGCUAGAGAAUGCUUCAAAAGAUCCUAAGACUUAGACCACCAUUCCUGUCAAGAUUAUUAUACUUGGGAAAGGGAUCUGGGAGUUCAGAGCUUAGUAUUGUAUCCAAUACAAGAGGUCCCAGCAGAUCUGGACUGACCCUUCUAUACUCUUGGUCCCAGUUGGUCAUAACGCCACGGUCUUUCCUCUGUGCUGCUUUGCCACUGCUGCUCUUUGUUCACUGUCCUGCCUGCUGCCCUCUGUAGCUCCCUGUCCUUCCAUGUCUUUGGCCAUGUAAAUGAAAUUCAGGCAUUUAUUCUUAGCUAUGUUUUGCCAGUGUUACUGUAUAGCACAGUCAUGUUGAGUAGGGAUGGUAUGAAAUGCUGCUGGUGGGCUGGUGAAUCCAAAGGGAUAUGGCUUCAGUGAUAUCAGGAGCUCUCUGGCUCCAAGAUCUGCCUGUCUUGAGAAAAAAAAACAAGCAGUUCCUAUGAGAGGGUAUGUUCUUCCUUUGUAGUAUCUUGUAUUCUGUUUUAAGAACCGAGUAAGGGGGAACCACCGUAGGGCCUGUGCCAGCAUCCCAGCAAGAUUCAUGUAGCUCUAUUUACAUGGAUUGUAGGGUUGGGAGAGGGUUUGAAGUUUGGCUGACGUAGCCCCUCCAGUAGGGUUUAGUUUUAUUUUUUCCAAUGGGCAUCAUAGGUGAUUUAGGGGAAGCACAGGAUGGUAAUAUUUAAACCUGCAGAAGCAGGCAUAUGGUAGAGUUGACUGAUCACACUGGAGCUAAAAGUGGACAUGGGAUGACUGGGAAAGGGCCCAGGUCCAUUGGAGUAAAGAUAACCGGAUUAACUGAAUUGGCCAUGGGAGAUUAGGCCAUAGUCUUAGAAGCAAAGUAAAUAGAACAGAGGCCAAAUUUUUGGGAGAUGUCUUGACUUCCUUGGGCUAAGUUUAUUAAACCACACUGAAGCUACAGUAUUUUCCAGAUGGGAAAAAGCGUACACUACAGUCGAAGAGAUGAACCCUGCUAGAUUGGAUGUUGAUCAGGAACCUAUUAGCCCUUUGCUGUGAAACCUUCACCCACCCUCCAGCUUCCCUAGGGUAGGAAAGGUCUCCCACAUUAUGCAAUAAUAAAAUAAGCCUCUGUGUCUUUGCAGUUGUCAGUUGCUCUUUCAACUCUAGGAUCCACUGUUGGACCAGAAGCCUGGUCUGGGCCUCAGAUGACACUGGCCCUUGAUGCUAGAGUCGGCUGCACUCUCUCCUUACUUGCAGACUAUGCACAGUGCCUGGGGCAGAAGGAGCAGAGGUAGUGUGGUUUGCCCUGCUGAGCCUCCCCAGCAGGAACAGUAGUAAUAAAUGCACUUUUCACACUAAAAGUUUAUUAGUUCUCCUGUUAAGCCUAGAUCUUCCCCUAGUAGAUUGCAAACUCAAAGUGUGUGAUCCCAAAGCCAUUCCACUGCAAAUGCCCAGCAGUGAAGAUGGCCCCAUCUUGGGUUCCUGUCUGCAGUGUGUGUGGUUGCAACCCAUGUGCCUUUACCCAUUGUCAAACUUGCAAGCAUCUAUUCUGUCUUUAUGACUGUCAUGGGGACUUAGGUUCUUCAGAGAGCGAGCGAGCAAGAGCGCUGAUGACAGUGGUUUUACAUCCACCCCUGGAUAAGGAGCUUGCACAUAGUGGUGAAUUGUGAGGGUUAGUGAGCUGCUGGUCUUGCUGAAGGCGUGGUUGAUCCCUCAUACUUGCUUCAUACAUGCAUUGAAGAGAAUCUGGAUUGUGUUGGGGAAGAGACUGUACUCAUGGCUAAUUUGAAGUAUUAAAAUAAGACUGUCCCCUACAAACUAGUCACACAGGAUCCCUGUAGCCCGAACAGUGUAAGUUCCAGCUGCAGAGAGCAAACUGCUCUCAGCUUGCACAGCACCUUAGGGGAGGGAAGAAUAUAUGGAUAGGGAAUGGGGUGGAGAAAGGAUGGGAAUUUUGUCAUCCAGGUGGCUUUAGGGUCCUAAGGAUUAGAGAAGGAUGGCACUGGGGAGGUCUGGUUGGAUCUGAUUUGUGUAGGAGUUCCCUGUAGAUAAAUUACUGAUCCCCCAACUACUAUCCCCAGUAUGUAAUGGCUGAAUUAAUAUGUAAUCAACUGCAUUGUAUCUAAAGCCUUAGAACUAGUCAGGUGCUCCCCCCACCCAAUACCAUUUCUUACCCUCUAAUCCUACCUGAUCUUUAACAAAGCAUUAAUAAUUCUAAGGAUAAUCUCUAUUUUGUUGUGCUUUUUUGUAACUGUUUUAAAUAAAUCAAUUUGUACUGUAUAUUUGUACUUUUGUGAGAUCCUUUUUGCUGUUUUACCAUUUUAAGUCUCUGUACUUGGCUACACACAGAUUGUAUUUUUAUUGUUAAUGCUCUUCUUAUGGAUACCUGCAUUUAACUUGUGGACUAUGUAAACACAAUAUAUAUCAAUAUCUAUAUAUCUAUAUAUCUAUCUAUAUAAACUACUAGCUUUUC